AUGGGAAACUUUUACAAUUCGCACGCAGAACUGCUAGUCUCGCAAGCCGCCCAACGGGAGUACUUUUAUGCAAAAAACAAUCAAUGGUGGCAAGAGGGUGGCUAUGGUGGUUCCACUGACGAUGAAGAAAUGGUAGGUGAUGAAACUAGUUCCAGUGAUUGCCUGGAAGGCCUUGCCUUUUUAGAUGGACUGAUCCAAAAGAACAACAAGGACAACAAGGACAAGAAUAUCAAUGCAUCAUUGAUGCAACACAAAUUAGCCGUCGAUGUGGGAGCUGGGCUAGGACGGGUCACCAAAGGCAUUCUGUUGAAGCACUAUGAUGAGAUUCAUCUGGUGGAAGGAAGUUCAGCUUAUAGCAAGCGGAGUAAAAUCAAGCUCGGAAAGAAGAAAGCUAAGCGAUGCGUCUUUACCCAGUGCUAUCUACAAGAUAUUAAUUCUCAGACACUUGGUACUGAUAGGCCAAUAGAUCUCAUAUGGGUCCAAUGGACGUUGCAAUAUUUGACCGAUUGUGAUGUUAUUGAGUGCUUGAAAAUAUUGGCAGAGAGCCUGCGACCCGUUGUUGGAGUGCUGGUUGUGAAGGAGAAUCGACCCUUUGGACUACAAAGAGAAGACCGGUUUCAAAUGGACACUCCGGCGGGAGAGUACAGCCGAUAUGACAUUACAAGACAUGAUGCCCAUCAUCGACUGCUGUUUCGAAUGGCCGGGUUAACGGUGGGGUCCACGGAACGGGGUGAAGAGACGAAUACGUAUGAGUUGAGAGUUGAGAAAUAA